UACUAGUAUUUUUAGAAUUUGGGGGUUGUUGUCCUUUAGCUCUCCCUUCUCGCGCUCUUUGGUUCCAAACAGAAACCCAAAGAGCGAUCAAGCGAGAAAGAGAGAGAAAGGUCCCAACUCCAAUACAUAUAAUAUCAUAUAAUAAUAAUAAUAAGAGGCAGUAUCGUUAAUCUCAACAACACACAGUAUAGUUUCCAUAUAAUUUUAAUUUUGAUCACAAUCCAGAAGAAGAAGAAGACGACCACGAGCAGCAUUUAUGUUAAUUUAUAUAAUCAACGCCCUCGCAGAUUCCCUUGAAAUUAUGCGUUUUGUUAUGGUCCAAUUAAGACCAAGAAGUUCCUACAGGGUUUGACUUUUCAAUCUUCUUGCAUUUCUAAACGGUUCCUUAAUAGAUUUUGAGGCUAGGGUUUGUUCAAUGCUUCAUCUUCAUCAUCUCUGACGCAAAAUAGGCCUUCGAUCCAUCACCAAGGGUUAAUAAGAAGAUCGGUGUUGGUAUUGGAGAUCAACGCAAAUGGAAGCGUCCGGUGGUAACAAUUCGGACGCGUACCGAGGUGCUUCGGGGAUUAGUAAUUCCAGAAGAUACGGAGGGAUGCAGCAGUUGUCUGCAUCCAAUUUUUUCCGUUCACCGUUAUCCACGUUAUUGGAAUACUCGGGCAUUCUUCGAACCAGGUCGAGUCACCACCCAGAAUCAGAUAGUUUGAUAAACAGUGGUGUCUCUGUUGGUUUCCGAGAUCAUAAUCAGAAUGAUUCUGCGGCUGUUGCUGGGAACAGCGGGGAGGUUUCCAUUAGGAUAAUUGGUGCUGGCGAACAAGAGCACAAUAGGGUUGAGUCUGGGCCUGCGUUGUCGUCUUCAACGGCUGGGCAGUUGAGGGAAGUUGCUGCUGCUGCACAGAAUGAAGUAUUUUUCCAGCCAAUGGCUAGAGCAUCAUCAGCCACGUCAGUGUCACAGGCAUUAGAUGGUCAGGGGGAUUCCAGGAGUGAUCGUGGGGCGGGAGAGGGCGUUUCACAAUCACUAAAUGGAGGUGGUGAUGGGGAAGCCGCCGAGGGUGUUGGGGUUAGUAACAGGGAUUCUUCUUAUCAGAGAUAUGAUAUACAGCAGGCGGCAAGGUCCAUUGAGCAGGUCCUUCCCUUCUCUUUGCUUUUGUUGGUUGUCUUCAUCCGGCAGCAUUUGCAAGGUUUUUUUGUUACCAUGUGGAUUGCUAUUGUCCUGUUCAAGUCUAACGAUAUUCUACGGAAGCAGACAGCUCUGAAGGGAGAGAGGAAAAUAUCUGUUCUUAUGGGCAUCUCGUUAGUAUUCAUGCUUCAUGUGGUUGGCGUUUAUUGGUGGUAUCGGAAUGAUGAUCUUCUAUAUCCAUUGGUCAUGUUCCCUCCAAAAGCUGUACCACCUUUCUGGCAUGCCAUAUUCAUUAUCAUGGCGAACGAUACUUUGGUUCGUCAGGCGGUAAUGGUUUUCAAGUGUAUUCUACUGAUGUAUUACAAAAACAGCAGAGGACGAAAAUAUCGUAAGCAGGGUCAAAUGCUAACUUUGCUCGAAUAUCUGCUGCUGCUGUACCGUGCGUUGCUGCCAGCACCUGUCUGGUACCGUUUCUUCUUGAACAAAGAAUAUGGGAGCCUUUUUUCUUCAUUAAUGACUGGGUUGUAUUUGACUUUCAAGCUCACAUCUAUUGUUGAGAAGGUCCAAUCGUUUUUUACUGCUUUAAAGACAUUGUCUCGCAAAGAGAUCCAUUAUGGGGCUUAUGCAACUUCGGAACAGGUCAAUGCAGCUGGAGAUCUUUGUGCUAUUUGCCAAGAAAAAAUGCAUGCUCCAAUCUUACUACGUUGUAAACACAUAUUUUGUGAAGACUGUGUAUCAGAGUGGUUUGAGAGGGAAAGAACAUGCCCAUUGUGCAGGGCCUUGGUGAAACCAGCAGAACUCAAAUCAUUUGCGGACGGAUCAACAAGUCUGUUUUUUCAGUUCUUCUAACAACCAGGGAGUUUUUCUGCUUUGAAAGCCUCUUAUUCAAAGCACCGUCUCCUGAUCAUAUAUCCACACUGGUAAUUUUGAAUGGAUCCUGCACAGCCUCCUUGUGUUCUGUUGCUGCAAGAAAUUAAACCAAAGUAGCUGGAUGGAAUUGCAUUGGACAUCUGUUCAUGUGUUGUAUUGAAAAGCUUAAUUGUAUGUAAUGUAUCCUUAAGCUGCUCAUAUAUAUUUGCCAUGCUACUGUUUAAUCUGCCAUAAACGAAAGUUUUGAAUAAGUAAAUAUAUUUUUCUAGUGUA